AUGGCGGCGAACCGCGCAUCAAUAGCCAAUGGUGCAAAUUCUGCGCCCGAACGCUCGUACUACGAACAGCAGCGUGAAUUGCUGGUUACAGAAAUUGCCCAGAGUCUUGAGAUUGUUCUUCAGAAUAUCAACAAGCUGAACCGCUCCCUCGAGGAAGUCACACAAGUCGGUAGCGAAUUUGCACCGGUCGAGUCGCUCUGGAGCCUGUUUGAAAAUGUCAUGGCCAAGGAUGCGAAUGAGCAGCAGCAGCAGGAAGGCAUGCAGCAAGAGGGCGUCACGGAGCAUGAUGAGGGGGAGACGGAGGGUCACUGA